AUGUCGGCCACGUCCGUCGCACCAAGAACAGACAGCGGCACUACCCCCGCAGAAGAAGCAGCUCUUGCACUCCUUGGACCAGAGCUUUGCGACGUUUACGUCAAUGAGCAGCCUGGCAUCGCGAGCGCAUGCAAGAUUCUUGACGACGACGCAGACAAGGCAAUUGAGGUUCCGGCCGCUCCUCCAGCAUCUCCAAAGACCUCGGUCGAAGAGAGUGCAGUAACCUCGCCGGUCAUCAAAUCAUACACCCGCACAUCCACAUCACCUCUCUCUUCACCAAUCACCUCCUCCUUUCCAUCGGCAGUUUGCCCCUCCACUCCACCCUCUACUCCUCGUGCAAAGGCACAACCUCAGAGGCGUGUCACCUUCUCACCAGACAUCGCACACCCCACCGGACGCCGAUCCCGAUCGUUCUGUCGCACAUCAAGAGCGUACCUGAAGGGCCGGUACGCGCGCCCAGAGGGUAGUGAGUGGGUCGACAUCAGCUUCAAGAAUGGUGGUCUAUACGUAGACGAGGAUGAGGACGAAAAGGAUGAAGAAGAAGAAGAAGACGGGGAGGAAGAGGGGGAGUCAGACUCAGAGACGGAGGAGGAGGAGGAGGAGGAGGAGGAGGAGGAGGAGGAGGAGGUGCGGCCGGCCAUCUCACUCUUGCCGCCCUCGCUUCGCUGUCAAGGGCGCAAAGAGUUUGAGGAAGACGGAGAGGGGGAGGGGGAGAGGGUUGAGACGAAGAGGCGCUGUGCGCCGAACAGGACGAGACUGUGGUGCUAG